UCAAGCGCCGUUUCUCUUUCGACGUAGAUUGUUGAGUGGAUGGUUCUCUCGCAUUUCUUCGCUGUUUAUCGCCCGAAAAACAUUGUACGUGAAAAAUAGUGUUGUAAACUUUUUUUUAUCAGUUUCCCCAACCAUAUCCACGCGUAGUGAUCCCGGAAAAAGUGUUCCUUCCGUUGGUGCAGUGCUAGUUAUUAAACUUUUCAGGACGAACUUUGCGGACGCAUUUUGUUCUACCUCUGCACAGCGAAAAUUUUACCGUCCACAUCGCAGCGCAAGUACAGGAACCCCAAUCUGGAGCACCAGGCGAGCAGUCGGGAAGGGAUUCUCUUGCUACCUGAAAGAAAGAACAUGACAGGGCCAUUUGAUACCCUAAAAUAGUGGAGUAGUGAUACGUUUUUUGGGUUGUUCUGUUUCGAAUCGAUCUGAAAAAAUAAGCAAACGAGUGCUUCGAAACCGGAUAUUUCGUCUUUGUUUUUUUUUUGUUUCUUGGUGGUUUUGUGUAGAAUUUUCUUACCCGUGAAGAAAGGGUUGAUUACUUUACAUAGGUAUAAUCUGCAGUUCAGUGAACCACGGCAGUGCACGGUAGAGCUUACGUGUUUGAUAAAAAUUAAGCAUUUUUCUAUAUUAGAUGAAUUGAAACUAUAUUUUCUCUACGGUCCAGCUUAAAAUUGCCAACUGGUUGACGAAACUAGAAGAAAAAAAUCCACGAUGGAGGAAUCAUAUCUUAAGGAUUUGGAAACGGCAGCGCACAUCAUUAUGGCUCCUCCUACAGUUGUCACCAAAGAACAACGGCAACAGUCGGAGAAUAUCUUUAUGAACUUCCGUAAAACAAAAUCGCCAUACGUACUGUGCCAGACUAUACUGGAGAAAUCCGUCGUCGAUUUAGUGCUUUUCGAAGCCUCCGAUAUCCUUAAGAAAGCUGUCGUUGCCGAAUGGAACUAUCUUCCCGAUCAGGACAAAGCUACUUUGCGGCAAUACUUGCUGAACUACAUCAUCCAACGGGACAUUCCAGUAUUCAUUCGAGACAAAUUGCUCCAAGUGGUAGCGAUCAUGAUAAAACGGGCCAGCCUGGAGGAUGUUGGCGCUGAGAGGGCACAGAUUAUCGAAGAGACAAAAAAGAUGCUCGCUUCCGGUAACGUCAAGCAGCAAAUCCUAAGUUACAGUAUCAUACUAGCCAUUUUGGAAGAAUAUUGCAACAUUGUCCGAUCGGAUGAUAAUGGCCUUACCACCUACGAGCAUUUUCGCGCAAAGAAACAGUUCGAAGAUUCUGACUUACUUAAGGUCUUUGUUAUGACACUCCAGUCCAUGGAAGAACUAAUCAAAAUGUUCGACGAGGCCAACUCAAUGCAUUUGUAUCUGUUCAAACAGAUGCUGUCUGUGAUGGAAACCAUUCUCACAUGGGGUUUCCUGCUUCCCAAGGUGCGUGUGAUGCGGCUACUUCAGCCGUCACUGUCGAAGAAAAUUAUCGACACCUCGGAAACAGUAACAAAAGCGUUACAUGCUCCUCCGCUGCGGCUGAAUGUCCACUUUAAGAAUGUAAUUUUUGAGCCGAAGCUGUUGGAGAUAUUCUUCUACAUAUAUUGGAAGACAAGAGAUAACGAAGAACUACAACCAAAAGUUCUGAUAUGUAUACUGCAGUUGUCCACUUUGAAGGGUCCGAUUAUUACUGAAAAUAAGGAGGAAAGUAUGACCUAUUUGGUCAAUUACCUUACGCAUUUCCUAUCUAUGCUCUCCACGAUUGAAGUCAAAGAUAAGGAAGCUUAUAGCUUUUCUCUCAUUUUGAGAAAACUGCUCCAACUACUACCCAGAGCCGAAAUCAAAGGAUUGCCGAAUAGCCUUUUUGAAGCAUACAUGCAGCAGAAUCUGUCAAUGACAUUGAAAUUUAUCGAACUCUCGGCAAUGGAGGAAGCGAUGGCCCCGGAUGAAGCGGUGUACAUCGACGCUCUGGGUAAUCUACUGGAGAUAUGGCUUCACAUUAUCAGCGAUAAAGAUAACUUUCCGAUCGAAGCCAUGAAACCCUUCAUCACGCAAAUGUUCGAAAAGUUUAUCCAAUAUCAUUUGGCUGCUCCGGAUGGAAUGCGGGGAAUUGGUCGUGAUGGAGAUUCAAUAGACGAAAUUGCCGAGUUUGAGGAAUCCGAUCGAGAACGCUUCAAGGAGCAGUUGAUUAUCAUCGGGUACUUUGGGCGGGAAAUCCUAUCACAUUCGUUGCCAUUGCUUUCAAAGCUAUUGGAAGAUCGUAUCCGCAGUUUGGGAACCCAGCUCCAUGUGCUUCAUUCAACCAAAUCAAUUGACGAGAGCAGUUCGAAAGCUUUGGUCAAUCUGUUCGAAGAUGCUCACUGGAUCCUGCUGAUUACUGGCCAUGUAUUGGCGAUGGAGUCGGAUGGGGAAUCUGCAUUGAUACCGGCGGACAUCUUGAACAUAUGCGAUCAAUACAUUGUGAACAAUGUAACGGAUGUAAACAAUAGUUUGAAGCUGUUAGCUUCCCCCAAUCAAGACAUUCAAGAAAUUGCAAAUGCCGAGGCUAAUGCAGACCCCGUGAUUCGAUUGAUUGCCGCUGGUUUCCGAUUGUGCGAGCUGGAGAAAAAUGUCAUCGAAGUCCGAAUGUAUCAGUUCCUCAGCCCCGAGUUAAGCACUACAUUGGUUUGGUUCUUACGAAGGUGGUCCGAUGCAUAUCUAAUGCCACUGAAUGAAGAUACGGUUAGUGCGACGUUUAAGCAAGCCUUCGGAAACGGAUCCCCUGGAUCAGUCUGGGUAAUAAAUUAUUUAUUGAACAAAAUUUGCCUAAACGCUCAGUAUUUACGGGCUGAGCAAUCUGUAAUUGAAGAGACUUGUGACCUGUUGCUUGUGCUGUUGAGCCGGAAGCAACGCUGCCAGGCAAUCUUCAACUCGGAGUUCUUCCGAUCGAUUUGCGAUUUAAAGAGCGUCGACUUACCGGUGUCAAUCAAACGGAAAAUGCUCAAAGGUUUUGUGAUGAUUGCAGCCAGUGUUGAAAACGAGGCACUGCGGGCGGAUUAUUUGGGAAAGAUUCUGCUACCCAUCGAAGACAAGUACAAAAUGUUGAUCUCACAUCAGAAUUUCCAAUCCGUCUAUCAAAAUGAGGAUGUUAAAUUGAAGGUGAUCGAAAUUCUGGAAGAGCUGAUCGGUUGCGUUCAGGGGGCCUACUCUAACUCAUUGACGAUUAUUUUUGCUAAGAUACAAGGCAUUUGUAAAGAGAUUCCCACGUUUUUGAAUCUCUAUCAUAACUAUACGGUAAUUGUCGAACUUAUACUAGAACUGGUGUGCGAAAUCGUUUCCAACAUUGCCAACGUAUCAACAGAGAAAGUCAUCCGGACGGCCAUCUUAGAAUGCUGCUUUUCGGUGAUCCGAAUCUACGUGAAAAAUAAUUCCAAUCGUGUGUCACUAGUUACUACCAAUGAGGAUAGUGAUCCGGUGGAUCUGAUUCUCGUUCUAAAACUGAUCAACCAUCUGACGUCGAAGUUACUUUUCACGGACGACUUUGCGGGAUCCGAUGAAACCAAUGCGCAGUCGUCGGAGAUUUGCAUUUUCGGCAUCACGCACAUCGUACCGCUCAUUACGAUAGAUCUCAUCAAGUAUCCGGAUCUCUGCAUGCAAUACUACAGUACAAUCACUUCCUUCAUCGAAGAAAAAUCACAUAUAAUUCCCACUUUGCACCCAGACUUGCUCAAACAGUUGUUAGGUUCGAUCGAGCUGGGCUUAAGUUCCUUCACAUCGGAAGUCGAGUGCAAAUGUUUAGAGUUUCUAGAAAUAUACGCCAACAGUGUAUACUUCAAUCAAGAUCCGCAGGCUCCGAUGGCGCAGCUGUUGCUCCCGUUCCUUAAGCUGAUGCUGGACAUGAUUUUCGGGCAAAAAAUCGACAUGAACAAUGCGAUGGACUGGUACCGGACGGUGUUCGUGGUGAUCUGCUGUUUCCCGGAGCACUACAGGGAACUGCUGCACAAUUUCCUCAGCGAGCAGUUCGAUUCCGAGGCGAGUAUGAGUAAAGACUUGGCUGACAGUAUGGCUAUGGCGAGCAGCAUAGAGUUUGUGAACAAUCGAUUAACCAAAUCGAAAUUUAUUGAUAAAUUUGACAAGUUUGUCACGUUGGUUAGUACAAUGUUGAAGAAAUAAGUCUUGGUAGUUUUACAAUUCUUUACUUUGAAAGUAUGAUAUUUUUCAAUCAGCCAAUAAGGCAUGCUAUGUAUUUAUUUAUUUUUUAUAAAAGUGAUAUUCAUUACUUCAUUACUGAAAUAUUUAGUAUUCAUGUUAAUAACUUCACUAUGUUUUUUUUAACAUUUGUCAGGUCAAACUAUACUGGGGUCGCUUUCUACGUGGUUUGUUUUUCGUUGGGUGUGACCUUCGAAUUCUAUGAAACAUUAAGUUGACCCCCAUAAAAAAAUGAACAGAACAGCUGGUAUUGAAAACGUUGUGGAAACUUAGCGACCCCGGUGUAUAGUGUUCAGAGAGAAUCUUAGCAUAGAAUUCUAAAAAUUGAAAAAAGUUUUUAAAAAAUAUCAAAAUCUUCAAAAUUAUCACUUGUUUUUAUUAUUUUAAGGAUCCCUCGAUCAUCUGAAAGGCUACAUAAUAUAAAAAGUCGUUUGUUCAGGCCUAGAUGUGUUUACUAAACAAAAUAUUAUGAAAAAACGAGUGGGAUGUCUAUCUACGUUUGAAUGCGUAGAAAGUACAAUUCGAGCGUCAUGAAUCGAUUGGCACAAAUAAAGUGAUUGUUCAACUAAGACUAAAUGGUAACACCAAAAAGUCCGGUCGAAGGAUAUCGAAUGAUUCUACUAACAUAUACAUUAUAUAGGAGAAUUUUUACUGCGUCUACAUUCUUCGUGUAAUGGAGACAGUUUUGUGUCUUCUAUUUGUUACGUUCGCCUUAUUUGUUUGUGAUCGUCUUUAUAAAUGUACUAACGUUUCCCUAAGUUUUUUUUUUAUUUCAUUCGUCGAGUAUUUUAUGUGUAUAGCGGUGGAUGACGAUCGAUCUUGUGGAACUACUGUAGAUAGGAAUGUGUACUUAGAUAGGGACUUCAAAGUUUUUGUUCGUUUUUUUAAAACCUAUUUUUUUAAAUAAUGAACUUUACAGUUGUUGAAAUAAAUUUCCAUGGCCUUUCUCUUAUUGAUAGACUUGAUCUUACUCUUAUUGAAUAUCUCGUAGUCUGUCGAAAUUGGACAUCACACUUUACUCUGAAGCACUAUCCGAAGCUUAUGGCAUCUAACACAAUCACUUCUAGAGUUGUAGGUUUAUUGUUUCCGUUUCGAAUGAAAAAAAGUCCUCUUGUAAAACAGCAAGAUGUAGCAUGGCAUAUUAGGUAAAGACACAUACAUGGUCAUGAAAAUAUAAUUGGAAAAUGAGCUGCGGGAGCUGGACUAGGAAACAAUGUUUUGAGGUCGAUUUUUACACGCACUUUUUGCAUAACUUUUUAGUAACUGUAUCAACGUAGUGAAUGAAAAUGAAGUGAAUGCUAUAUAUUUAUACAACAGAUUCAAUGAAAUGACGACAUAAAUAUAGAUUUUCGAAAGAAUACGUAGUGUUUUGGAGUGAAUGUUAGAGGUGGAGUUGUUUUUCAGUAAGCAAAAUUGGUAUGUACUUUGUAAUACGAUUUUCGAUUAUUUAUUCUUUUUAUUAUACGCUUCGCUGUUGAAGAGAAACCGAUCAAACUAGAAUAUAUUUUAUCGUAAAUUAUUAUUAAGCGUUACUAUUUAUACAAAAGUCAGACUUUUACCAUCGUUACAUGAUCAAAAACUUAUGCUUCUCGAACCGUUGAGACAGUCACAUGCGAAUUUAUUGUGAAAGGAUUCUAUUGUAUCAUUACACAUUCGUCAACCCAAAGAAGUCAUUCGUUGUUCCCCAUCUCAUGUAAUACAAAACGCGAAAUUUACCUUUUUUCUUGAACCGAUGCUUAAAGUUAUUAGUAGGAAACUGGAUAUACAUUAAAAUAUAAUCUUUCAGAUUCUAUUUUUACGUGUAAAUAAUAAAUGUGUCGGCCAUAAAAUACAUGUUAUGUUGUAUCAUAUGUAUUCAUAAACUAUGCAGAUACUUCCUUGAAUAUGAAUCUAAUUAAAUAGAUUGAAUAGCAACACAAAAUUGAUUAAAACACAAAUGAAGGAAACUGUCUUUUUCUCCUUCCGCAUUGCACAGAAACAUUCAAUUCUGGAAAAAGUAAUAAAUUCUUAAACCUUUUCCGAUACACUCUUGAAAACAAUCAAACACUAGAAGAAAUAUAUAUCCACAACCCAAUCUCUCUUUCGUAGAAUAGUUCAUAAGUUUUAAAUAAAAUCAUGAUCAAAUAUACGCGCAUUUGUACAACAAACUAAUCACAAAGCAUCAGACAAGCCCCAAUAUCGAGCCGCAUUAGCAUAUAUUCAGGUCCCAACCGGAAAACAGUAAUUCCUUUCGGUAUAAUCGAUAUUUCGAAAUUUUUGGAAGUUACGACCGAGAUAAACAGACAGAAGAGCAUUCGCAUUUGAAUCAAACAUACCUAAAAACAAAGACAAUUGACUAUUGAUACAGGAACCGCAGCAUCAAGGGUGAUCAGAAUCGCAGUUUCAUUUUCCAGCUGCUGCGCCAGCCGAAUAUGAAAAUGAAUGGCUCAAUGCUGGAGUCAUGUGAACCGAUAUGUUUACCUAUUACUUUCUAAAAGUACAAAAUAACCUUUAACAUGGAGGGAUAUACUUGAAGCAAGCUGGAACUAUGUGAAAAAAAAAACAUUUUGAGAGAGCGAAUCACAGAUAUUAGUUAAGAGAUUUUAAAUUUAUUCUUCCGAAAAGUGAUACUGAAAUGAACAAAAACAAAAUAAAAUAAACCAGGUAAAAAUCCUGUAUAACUGAAAGGCAAAGUUCUUGGUGAAAAA